CUCGCUCUAGGUCGCAGAGGCGAGCAGGGACCAGCCGGCAGCGGGCUGCGCAGGCCAGAUGGGGAACCGGGAGAUGGAGGAGCUCAUUCCUCUGGUGAACCGUCUGCAGGACGCCUUCUCGGCGCUGGGACAGAGCUGCCUGCUGGAGCUGCCGCAGAUCGCCGUGGUGGGCGGCCAGAGCGCCGGCAAGAGCUCGGUGCUCGAGAACUUCGUGGGCAGGGACUUUCUCCCUCGAGGGUCGGGUAUCGUAACAAGACGACCUCUUGUGCUACAGCUUGUUACUUCUAAAGCAG